CUGACCGGGCUGUGAAUGAGACAGGAGUUCCCAAUUAUACCUGUUCGCACCAUUUGGCCCCAUUGACUGCUGUUUUACAUUGGCUGCAUGAGCUCCUGUUCAAGCUCUUGUAACCUAUCGUAAGCCAGGCCUUGGAAUCUAUCUGAUCCUUAAUAUGUCCCAGGAACUAAAACCGGGCUUGGCUGGCUCGCUGUUGGUUGAUGCAAGGCUGUCUCAGGAAUUUGCAGAGAGCUGCCCGUCAUGCAGUGUACCUACAUAAAACCGCCCUUUGCCCUGGGUGAUUUGCAUCUUACUCGUGUGUCCCUAUUAUUGCCAUCCUAAUCCUGUGCUGCGCACAGUGUCAUUCCUUCACACCUCAAUUACUCUUUUACUUUGACGAGACAUAUCAUUUUUUUCUGUGUCGUCAAUUACAUUCCUUAUUUUUACCAGCUCAAUCCGUCUUGACAGCAAUAUGGUCUCAAUCUCAAAGCUCGUCACUGCUGCCCUGGUGGCAGCCUCAGCCGCAGCCUCCUCCAGCAAGCGUGGUGCAGCCUACAAUGAUGCGUCGCUUGUCCGUACCCUAGCGAAAAGCAAGUCUGGAAGUAUGUCGUGGUCAUACAAUUGGGACAUGAAGAAGAACGGGAACAUGCCAUCGGGCGUUGAAUUCGUGCCAAUGCUCUGGGGCACUGACUCGGUGGAUGACUGGGAUUCUGCGGUAAAGACUGCAUUGAAGGAUGGCAGCAAACAUAUCUUGGGUUUCAACGAACCGGACAACGCAUCGCAGGCCAACAUUGGUGCCUCUAAGGCUGCUACCUUGUACAAGAAGUAUAUCACCCCGUACGGAGAUCGCGUCAAGCUCGUCAGUCCGGCCAUCACUUCCUCCACUCAGUCCGGCGAGGGCCUCAGCUGGUUCAAGACCUUCAUGAGCGAUUGCAAGAGCUGCAACAUCUCCGCUAUGGCUGUCCACUGGUACGGUGGGUCAUUUGCUCAGCUCGAGUCGUACAUGAAGGAGGCUAUCGAGGCUGCCUCGAAGUAUGAUAUUGACGAGGUCUGGCUUACUGAAUUUGCCCUUGACACCGACACCAACGGCAUCACCAACGAGUCCACGGCUGAGACCUUCCUUGAGAAAUCGAUCGAGUGGAUGGACUCCCACCCCAAGGUGGGCCGUUACGCUUACUUCUAUACCGCAAACAAUUUUUUGCUUACCAGUGGAUCGGUCAACGCCCUGGGCAAGGUUUACGUUUCGUCCUCUUCGUCCUCUUCUUCUAGCUCUGAGACCUCGUCGACUAAAUCUUCGACCAAGACUUCAACCAAGACCUCGACGAAAACUUCUACGAAGACAUCGACCAAGGCUUCCACAAAGACCUCAUCAAAGACGAAGACCACAGAAACUUCCAAGUCCACCAGUACCAAAUCUGCCCACACGACUAAGACUGCAGAGUCAACCAAGACGGUCAAGACCACCAAAUUUGUCACGUCCACCAAGACUGCAACCCACACCAAGACAGCUUCUAUUACACCGCAGGCUGCGUGGAGCUCGGUACCCACAAAGUCGGCUUACGGAUGGUAGGCUGCUGCUUGCCUGUCACACGUAUAGAUAUCUCGUUGGAUUUGGGACGUCAUGCUCCACGUUCUGGUUGUAUUUGGCUUCCUUCCGCUUCACUUAUG